AGAUGCACGGAUUUAUUGGAGGGACGAACCGGAACAAAGAAAAAGCGAAACUAAAAGCAGAGGCGCACGAGCAGCGGACAAGGACGCGCGCGGUUAGAGUUUUCAGACUGCCAUGUUGAGAUGAGGCUUUGGAUGGACAGACACUGCUGGAUGUGGUUCAUGGUGUGCAUAGGGAUGGUCCUUUGUUAUUCAGCACAAGGAAAUUAUGAACACUAUUUUGAAAUACUGGAGGAUUUAUUGCCAGCAGAUUAUAUGUUUAAGAAGCCAGAAAGCAGAAACUGUGUUGACAAGAAAUGCAACUGUUCUGAAGUGACUGAAAUACUUUGCUGUUUCCUCCAGAGGGAGCAAACUAGAACAUGCAAAAAAAAUUGCAUGCUCCCUAAUUGUGCGACAUGUUGUAACUACACUCAUAAUCUCCAGGAAAACAUAAAGGGACUGCUUAAUGGGAUGAUUUCCUGUCAUGAAUGCAAAGAGCUCAAUUGUACUCUCCUUAAAGAAACACAGAUGGUCAAUUUCACAGAAUUCAGAAGGAAAUAUAAAGAAUGCCAAGACGAGCGGCAAAACUGUACAGUUACACCCACACCAAGGAAAGCUCUGGAAUUCUCCACGGGCACUAUGGGCACUACAAACACUACGAGCAGUACGAACAUUAUGAGCACUACGAGCGCUACGGGGAAUACGAACACUAUGGGGACUACGAGCACUAUGAGCACUAGAAGCACUACGCGGACUACGAACACUACGGGGAUUACAAACACUACGAGCCCUACGAGCACUACGAGGAGUAUGAACACUACGAACACUACGAGCCCUACGAACACUACGAGCCCUACGAACACUACGAGCCCUACGAACACUACGAGCCCUACGAACACUACGAGCCCUACGAACACUACGAGCACUACGCGGACUGCGAACGCUACGGGGACUACGAAGACUACGAGCGCUACGGGGACUACGAGCACUACAAGCAAUAUGCCGCGAGUGAGCACGAUAUUGUAUCCAAGCAGUCCAGCCUCCAGCAAACCAGAACCUUCCUCCACAAGUCUUACAACAGAAUUGCAAACAACAGAUUCAACAGUAACAACGACAAAAUCCCCAACGACAUCCAAAUCACAGUCAGGUAACGGAACCCUGUGCAGUCCGCAGCUCCCAGGAACUGAAAUGUCUAACAUUUUGAAAGCUUCACAAGCAGGUGUGAUUUCAUCACUGACUGCAUUCAUAAUCCUCGUACUGCUUGUAUGCUACCUCUACCUUGAAAACAGACGACUGAAAAGACUGAUGGACUCCGCUGCUGGCAGUGAAGUCGUGUGUAUUUCAGUUCUACGAGAAGGUGACCGUAAUAUCCAGAAUUCUCCAGAGACUGAGGAGUGAACAAAUCGGCCACACGAAGAGAUCGUCAAAGGCUAAGUGCUCCCCCUGAGUGAGUAAAAGAUCACAACCUAAAUAGGAUGACAGUCCAGGAUAAUUAAAGACACAGAUUUUUUCACAUUUACAUGCACUGAAGGCAAUUUAGAGUCACCAGUUCACCUCAAACACAUAUCUUUGGACUGGCUGAGGACACCAGACUAACCGGAGGAAACACACACAAACAUGGGGUUUGUGUGACUAAAGGCAGAACAAUUGCUUGCAAGAACAAUGUGGAAGAACAAAUUCCUGGUGUGCCGCCAUGCCACCACAUCCAUCUGCAACCACAGUCAUGUCUGACGCAGAAGAGGAAUAUGAGGAGAAACCAGAAGAAGAGGAGCGCCCACGAUACAAGCCAAUGGUUUCUCAGCUUGGUGCACCCAAAAUCCCUGAAGGGGAGAAGGUGGAUUUUGAUGACAUCCAUAGAAAGAGAAUGGAGAAGGACCUUGUGGAGCUGCAGACUCUAAUUGAUGUUCACUUUGAGCAGCGAAAAAAAGAUGAAGAGGAGCUUAUUGGACUGAAGGAAAGAAUUGAAAAUCGCAGAGCAGAGAGAGCCGAGCAACAACGCGUUCGAGCUGAAAAAGAAAGAGACCGACAGACAAGAAUAGCCGAGGAGCGUCAAAGGAAAGAAGACGAGGAGGCAAAAAAGAGAGCUGAUGAUGAGGCCAAGAAGAAGAAAGUGCUCUCGAACAUGGGGGCUCACUUUGGAGGGUUCCUCGCCAAGGCAGAGCAGAAGCGAGGGAAGCGCCAAACGGCGAGGGAGGUCAAGAAGAAGACUCUGGCCGAACGACGCAAGCCUCUGACCAUCGAACAUCUGAGAGAAGAUGGACUCAGGGAGCGAGCCAAGGAGAUGUGGGAAAGGAUGUAUCAGUUGGAGUCUGAAAAAUUUGACCUAAUGGAGAAGAUGAAGAGACAGAAAUAUGAGAUCAAUGUGCUCUUGAAUCGAAUUUGUCACGCCCAGAAAUUUAAAAAGGGUCACGGCAAAGGGAAGGUUGGAGGCAGAUGGAAGUAAAUCCCAUGAAGAGGAAAUUUAAAGGAAGAAAGAGUAUAGUAAAUGAUUAAAAAUAAAUAAAAGUCAUCUGUUCACACAUUGUUCUCCCUGUAUAUGCCUGUUUUGUAUUUGAUUUGAAAGAGUCAAUAUGAAAAAAUUAAACUGCAGUUCUGUGGAAUGAUGUAUUUCAAUAAAUGUGUCUCUUGAAUUUAUUACCAACACAAUUUUUUCAAGAGUUUUCUAAAAUCAAUCAAUCAAUCAAUCAAUUAAAUUGGACAAAACAAGAAAUAUAUCAAAGAGAGCAGUUUCC